AACAUCGAAUUGGCCUUUACAAUCUUUCUUGUUGUUUUGUAAGGUAGUUAGUUAGUUUUCUUGAAACUUGACUUUUAUAUAUUUUUAUUUUUGUUUAGAAAUUCUUUGAUUGAUUCAACAUGACGAUCGAAUGGCAAACCAUCUCUGCACAGUACUGCGCAAAGCGUGACAGCACGAUUCCUGAAUCGAUGAAGUUGAAAAGCGUUGCUGGUAUGGAUGCAUUGAAUGUUACGAAUGUGCCCAAAACUUGCGGUCUUUUGACUCCAAGAGAGUUGGAGCUAACCGAGAAGUAUGACGCUACGGGCUUGGCCGACUUGAUUAAACAACACAAAACGACAAGUAAGGAAUUAGUGGUGGCCUUUUGCAAGCGUGCAGCCAUUGCUCAACAAUUGCUUAAUUGCGUGACCGAAUUGUUGCUCGAUGAGGCCCUGGAACAAGCUACAAAGCUUGACGAACAUUAUGCAACGACCGGUGAACUGGUCGGUCCUCUGCAUGGUGUUCCCAUAUCCGUUAAGGAACACAUCAGUCUGAAGGGACAUACCGCAACAGCUAGCUUUUUAGCAAAGGUGGACGUAGUUGCAGAAGAGGACGCAGAUAUCGUUCAUACGAUCCGUAAAGCAGGCGGUGUAUUUUUUUGUCGUACUACUCAACCCCAAAGUCUUAUGCAAUUGGAAACGUCGAGUCGUUUGACGGGUACCACCGUUAACCCCUUCAACCGAAAACUCACCGCGGGUGGCUCUUCCGGUGGUGAAGGUGCCCUUUUGGGAAUCCGAGCUUCUGUCAUGGGUAUUGGCAGUGAUAUUGGUGGUUCCAUCCGUUCACCUGCUGCCAAUAAUGGCUUUUAUGGUUUCCGUCCUUCCACCCUUCGGUUAUCUCGAAAAGGCUGUCAAGGUGCCGUAAAGGGCCAAGAAUCCAUCCUCGGUGUUGUGGGUCCUCUGACACAGAGUGCUCGGGAUUUGAAUUUGUUUAUGAAAGCUUGUAUGGAAGAAAAGCCUUGGUUGGAAGAUGCUUCUGUCGUGCCUCUUCCCUGGCGCACCCCAAAUUUGCCUGCCAAAAUAAAAAUCGGUGUUAUGCGUAACGAUGGUGUAGUUACCCCUCAGCCUCCUCUCCAGAGAGCCUUUGACAUUGUCCUAGACAAGUUGAGAAACUCUUCAGACUAUGAACUGAUUGAUGUCGAACCAUAUAAGCACAAGUAUUCGUGGGACCUUAUUUCCGAGCUCUACUGGCUUGAUGGCGGAAAAGCAAACUAUGACUUGUUUGCAAAGGUUGGCGAACCCCUAGAACCAAUGACCGAAUGGAUCAUGAAGCAGCCCACUGUAAAAGAUCACGACGUCGCUGGCGUUUGGAAGCUUGUAGCGGAGCGUGAUGAAUACCGGAAUCAAUACAUCAAGCAUUUGCAGACGUACGGAGUCGAUUUCCUCCUGUGCCCCGCUGGUCCCGGUCCUGCACCCAAGCUGGGAGAGGCGAAAUACUGGACCUAUACUUCCGUUUGGAAUUUGCUUGAUCUUCCUUCUGCCGUUUUUCCCGUGACCAAGGUGGAUACAACCUUGGAUGUCAAGGAUGAAUCUUACAAACCCAUGAAUGAUGAUGAUGCCUUCCAGUAUCAUACCUACAAGCCAGAAGACUAUAAAGAUGCCCCUGUUGGUUUGCAACUCGUCGGAGCCCGUUGGGAAGAUGAGAACCUCUUGGCAGCCCUUGAACGACUUGUGAAAAUACUCUAAGUCUUUUUUUUUGAUGAUGUAUUUUACUUAAUCUAGCUAUGUAUAGAACGACAUUUAUGACUCCUUUCGUUUAAUGAAUCAUGUCUACUUUUCAAAUUUUCAAUACAAACUCAUCCAUGUUUCUUUAGGUUUUCCUAUUGUCUAUAGAAAGACAUGAAUAGGAAAAUACAACGGCUGCAAUGUAAAUUUUCCAUCAAUC